AUGGCUUUCAACGGGACGAGUGUGUUCGGUGUACCCGUGCCCGCGCCAGAUGCGUGGACGGGUUUCGUCUCCGAGGCACAGAAAUACUUGCCUCAGACGUACAGUCGCCUUGCGUUGCUGGCGUUGAUCAACUUGCCUAUCCUCGCCGUGGUGUUUAAUGUUCUCCGGCAAACAAUACUUCCGCGGGACAAGAGCCUGCCGCCAGAGGUCUUUCAUAUCAUCCCCUACUUCGGCAGCGCUGCAUCAUAUGGUGACGACCCAAUCAAGUUCUUCUUCGACUGCAAGAAGAAGUACGGCGAUGUCUUCACGUUCACCAUGCUCGGCCGUAAGAUGACCGUCGCACUCGGCUCCAAAGGCAACAACUUCAUUCUGGGCGGCAAGACGCAGUACCUGUCCGCAGAGGACGCGUACACGCAUCUCACCACACCCGUUUUCGGCAAGGACGUCGUCUACGAUAUCCCGAACGAGCGCUUUAUGGAGCAGAAGAAAUUCGUCAAGGUCGGCCUCACGACGGAGAACUUCCGCGCCUACGUGCCCAUGAUUGAGAACGAGGUCAUCCAGUUCCUGGCGAAGGACUCGCAGUUCACGACAUACCAGCAGGACGACGUUAACGAGUGGGGAAACUUCGACCCUCUCAAGGUCACCGCGGAAAUUACCAUUCUCACAGCCAGUCGUACGCUUCAGGGCCAGGAGGUCCGUGAGGGUCUUGACAAGGGUUUCGCUCAGACGUUCUCCGACCUCGAUGGUGGAUUCACCCCGCUGCACUUCACUAUCCCGAACCUCCCUCUGCCCAGCUACCGCAAGCGUGACGCCGCCCAGAAGAAGAUGAGCGAUUUCUACGUCGACAUCAUUCGCAAGCGCCGGGAGGGUAUCACUUCGGAGGACGGCACGGACAUGAUUUCGGCUCUCAUGACCCAGACUUACCGCGGUGGCCGCCCUCUUCCCGACCACGAAAUCGCACACAUCAUGAUUGCGCUUCUCAUGGCCGGCCAACACACCUCUUCGACCACCGGCGCCUGGACCCUGCUUCACAUCGCCGAGCGCCCCGACAUCCAAGAAGCGCUCUACGCUGAACAGGUCAAGUACUUCGGCGGAUCUGACGGCCGCAUGCGCACGCCUACCUAUGAGGAACUCAAGGCUCUCCCUGUUCUCGACAGUGUCAUCCGCGAGACGCUCCGCAUGCACCCUCCGAUCCACAGCAUCAUGCGCAAGGUUCGCCACGACAUGCCCGUCCCGCCCACGCUCUCCGCGCCUUCCCAGGACGGUACCUACGUCGUACCCGCCGGCCACUACGUCAUGGCUUCGCCCGCAAUCUCCCAGGUCGACCCUACGCUCUGGCGCGAUGCUGACCGCUGGCUCCCUGAGCGCUGGAACGACGAGGCUGGCGAGGCUGCGGCGGCAUUCAAGCUCUACACGGACGAGAACGGCGAGAAGGUCGACUACGGGUUCGGUGCGGUGUCGAAGGGUACCGACAGCCCGUACCAGCCUUUCGGCGCUGGCCGUCAUCGCUGCAUCGGAGAGCAGUUCGCGUACUUGCAGCUUGGCGCGCUCAUCACGACGCUUGUAAGGAGAAUCGAGAUGAAGCUGCCGACGCCGUUCCCUGGCCCCAACUACCACACGAUGAUCACGAUGCCCAAGACACCCCGCCAGAUCUACUACCGCCGUCGCCAGCAGGAGAGCGAGCUGUAG